AUGGUCGGUCGUUCUUUCCUCGCUCCUGAAGAUGCCAUAUACUUGGGUCAUCAGCCUAGUCAGUCAUCUUCGUCACUAAAAGCACGAAACGAGAUAUGCAUGCCCCUUCAUACCUCGGGAGAGAAAACCCAAUCGAGGAGAGAAAGGCAAAAGCACCGGAAUCGAAGUGGAAGCCGCAGACAAAAGAGCACCUGGAAGAAGCUUCUUUGGGUGAAACAAUCUUACCCUGAUAAUUACACCGACCAAGAAACAUUUCUUGAGCACCUACAGCGAAAUCCGCGCUUGCAACCCUAUGAAUUUUGGCCGCUCGUCGCGGACUCGACAGUUAUAGUUCAACAUGUUUGCUCAGUGAUUAUCUUCAUUGUAUGUUUCAUCAGUAUCUUCCAGGAGCAUAUUUCGCCAAUAUCGGUCGUAGGCUGGGGUUCAAUCGCCACAUUUUUGGGUUGGGUCCUCUGGGAUUCGUGGGUUGGAUGUCAAGACCUAACCCCCAAACCAAUAGCUCCUCCCACCUCCACUCAUUCAGCCAGCGCUCCAUCUUCAAUAGUCAAUCUCCCAAAUACUCUUGCCAGAGGCCAUUCUUACUCGCCACCUUCAUCUUCCGUUGUAUAUGAUGCCAUCCGACCAAGUGGUAUUUUGCCGCGUCACUCAUACUCAGUUUCGACCUCUUCUAUCAGCCUAGCAACUUCUGCAGCCACUCGCGUCUCAAGUAUACCUAUUCAACCUCAAACAAAUCACUUCUAUCAAAAUAAAGUAUCUCAUCGUACAUCAAUGCGUCUCGGUACAAUUAAGUCUGCCCUCCUCAUUUACUUUGCCCUCUUAGGCCUCUCCCCGAUCCUCAAAUCAUUGACCCGCUCGACAUCCUCCGAUUCUAUCUGGGCUAUGUCUUUCGCACUAUUUACCAUCAACAUAUUUUUCUUUGACUACGGUACUCUCGCGCCAUCUACCUCCGGAUCAGCGAUAAAACAAAACAAUAUACCAGCCAGCUUAUCAACAAAUGCAGCUCUUAUGGCUUCGACGGUUCUAGCCUCUAGGCUACCAUCUACUGGACAGGUCUUUUCCCUGACCCUAUUUUCUAUUGAGGUAUUCGGACUCUUUCCCGUGUUCCGUCGCUAUCUCCGACAACGUUCCUGGCGAGGCCAUGUUGUUUUAACAACCUUUCUCGUCUUGGGAGCUGGUGGCGGCGUUGGUCUUAUACUUGGUCGUGGAGGAGAUGGUGAAGGCUUUUGGGACUUUCCGUACAAGAGUGGGUGUAUCGGGCUCGUUAUUGGAGUUUUCCUGACUACUGUAGCCAUGGGCGGGUGUAGUUGGUGGCUGAUUGGCCUUCAAAAGUACAAAAAUGCAAUCCGGGGUCCCUGGGAUCCAGCUCGCCCCGUAAUCCGCCGCGCCUGGGAAGAUGAAUUUUGA